UUGAUUGUGUAAACAAGUCGCCACCACAAAUCUUUUUGAAGAUAGAAGGGUUGGACUUUGGUGAAAUCUCUAUAAAAGGAAAUCUCAAUUAGUUCUACUUUCAUGCCUGCAUUUUCUCUCUUUCAUUAUAUCCAAUUCCAACUACAACAGUCUUACUCAGUUAAUCUACUCUCGAAAAGGUCAGUGAAGAUGGCGUUUCCUUCCAAAGAAGCACAAAUCAAAACCUUCCUUAAAUCCAUGUUUGAUGAGGGCUUGUUGGACUGCCAGUUUACUCAGAUUCAAGCUCUGCAAGACGCAAAUAAUCCUGAUUUUGUCAAUGAAGUCGUCACAUUGUUUUGCACUGACACCGAAAGGAUCAUAACAGAGAUGAACAAAUUUAUGAGUCAAAACAAUAUUGAUUUCAGCAAGUUGAAUUCUUACGCUGUUCGGCUCACAGGAAGUAGCUCAAGCAUCGGAGCAGCACGAAUGAAAGCUGCCUGUGUUGACCUUCGUCGUGCUUCCGAUGACGAAAGCAAAGAAAGGUGCCUGCAAGCCUUGGAUGCGAUGACUCGAGAGUAUUGUCUUUUCAGAAAUAAAUUUCACACCUUAAUGCAGCUGGACAAGGGUUUCAUUGGCAUGGAUGCCAACCAACAGUAGCUGGACAGAAUAGCACAAUUACAGCUUGAUCAUUGUCAACCUAGAUCUUCUACUGUAGAUGCGUAAUUUUAUUAGCCCUAGAAUAAAUGUCUAUGGUGUUAGACUGUAUUUUCAGAAUACCAGAAUUCUAAUGAAUAAACUCUGUUUCAUUAAGACUUCUUUUCAAUUCAUUGAUUUUGCAACAUUCAUCAGUUCUGGAAUGAAUAUCAGUUUCAUAAUCAAUUAGAACUAA